AUGGUGUAUGAGGCAAAACCUUUUGAUCCAAUUGUGGUUAACCCAAAUAAUAAAAAAAGAGUAGCGUACUUCUACGACGCAGACGUUGGUAACUAUGCAUAUGGUGCUGGCCAUCCAAUGAAACCACAUAGAAUAAGAAUGACCCACUCGUUAGUGAUGAAUUACGGUUUAUAUAAGAAGAUGGAGAUAUAUAGAGCAAAACCAGCUACUAAACAAGAAAUGUGCCAAUUCCACACAGAUGAAUACAUUGACUUUUUGUCGAGAGUCACACCCGACAAUCUGGAUAUGUUUAAAAAAGAGAGUGUCAAAUUCAAUGUCGGUGACGAUUGUCCAGUAUUUGAUGGUCUUUUUGAAUAUUGUAGCAUAUCGGGUGGUGGUUCUAUGGAAGGUGCUGCUAGAUUGAAUAGAGGUAAAUGUGAUGUUGCUAUUAAUUAUGCUGGUGGCUUACAUCAUGCUAAGAAAUCUGAAGCUUCCGGAUUUUGUUAUCUGAAUGAUAUCGUGUUAGGUAUUAUCGAAUUACUAAGAUACCACCCAAGAGUUCUAUAUAUUGAUAUCGAUGUCCAUCAUGGUGAUGGUGUCGAAGAAGCAUUUUACACAACGGAUAGAGUCAUGACCUGUUCCUUUCACAAAUAUGGUGAGUUUUUCCCAGGUACAGGUGAAUUAAGAGAUGUUGGUAUUGGAAAGGGUAAGAAUUACGCUGUAAACGUUCCCUUAAGAGAUGGUAUGGAUGAUGCUACAUAUAGAUCAGUAUUCGAAUCCGUGAUCAGUAAAAUCAUGGAAUGGUACCAACCUUCAGCUGUGGUACUACAAUGUGGUGGUGACUCUUUAUCCGGUGAUCGUCUAGGUUGUUUCAAUUUAUCUAUGAGAGGUCACGCUAACUGUGUAAAUUUUGUUAAAUCCUUUAAUAUACCUAUGAUGGUUGUAGGUGGUGGUGGUUACACUAUGAGAAACGUUGCCAGAACAUGGUGUUUCGAAACUGGUUUGUUAAAUAAUGUAAUAUUAGAUGAAGAUCUACCUUACAAUGACUACUACGAAUAUUAUGGGCCUGACUAUAAAUUAGAUGUUAGACCAUCUAAUAUGUUUAAUGUCAACUCUCCUGAAUACUUGGAUAAAAUCUUAACUUCUAUAUAUUCCAAUUUAGAAAACACAAAAUAUGCACCAAGUGUGCAGCUAAAUCAUGUUCCUAGAGAUACAGAAGACCUCGGUGAUGUAGAAGAGGAUUCAAGAGAGGCAAUGGAUACUAAAGGUGGAUCACAAUACGCUAGAGAUCACAUUGUAGAAGGUGAUAACGAAUUCUAUUAA